AAUCGAUAGCUGAAAGCGUCGUUUGUCAUCCUGCUCUGAGACGCUCAUACAGAGUCGCGUUGUCUUUUUUCGCCUCACGUGAGGACAAAUUUAAUUAAUUUAUCGAUAAACCGUGGACCCACGACUACACUGGGUAUUUACGGCUAAAAGUCGUCUUUUUUUCGGUAGUAUAUAGUAGUUAGCAUUUUUAGCUGCUGGUCUGUAGUUAUGACGCUACGUUGCUAACAGAGAAAUAACCGCCGAUCAGAAUGCCGUUUUACUUUCUAUAACUGAUUUACUAGUUUCAUCCAAAUUCCUUCUAACGAUUAACGUGACAGACUGCUUAAGCCGUCAUAUAUUGCUUUACCGUAAAAAACUGUUUUGAAAGGAAAUUAGCUUGGUUAGCUUUUUGUAGCGCUCGUGUUGUCACUGCUGCGUUUCAUAUGGAAACUUUCGUUUGUACAACACAGGUGGAUUAUAACUCAUUUUAAACGUAUACGCUUCAAUACGUUAGUACAGAAUCGGAUUGGCAGUGCGAUGCAUCAGUGGUGAGGAAGAGCUGGAGGAUGAUGCGGAUGAGCUGGAUGAUCACAGUCAUAAACAGAAGAAUGAUGAAGAUCUUGGUCGCCCUCGCUCUUAUUGCUUACAUUGCCUCUGUCUGGGGAACUUAUGCAAAUAUGAGGUCUAUUCAAGAACAAGGUGAAAUGAAGAUUGAGCAAAGGAUAGAUGAGGCAGUGGCACCCCUAAGGGAGAAGAUACACGAGCUUGAGCUUAGUUUUACCCAAAAGUACCCACCUGUGAAAUUCCUGUCUGAGAAAGACAGAAAGAGGAUUUUGAUCACAGGUGGAGCUGGAUUUGUUGGUUCUCACCUCACUGAUAAACUGAUGAUGGAUGGUCACGAGGUAACUGUGGUGGACAAUUUCUUCACUGGCCGCAAACGCAACGUCGAGCACUGGAUUGGCCAUGAGAACUUUGAGCUGAUCAAUCAUGAUGUGGUGGAGCCACUUUAUAUUGAAGUUGACCAGAUUUAUCAUUUGGCCUCCCCUGCAUCACCACCAAACUACAUGUAUAACCCUAUCAAGACACUGAAAACCAACACCAUUGGUACUCUCAACAUGCUAGGUCUCGCUAAAAGAGUUGGCGCUCGCCUGCUCCUUGCCUCCACUUCAGAAGUAUAUGGAGACCCAGAGGUGCACCCUCAGAAUGAGGAAUACUGGGGCCAUGUGAACCCUAUUGGCCCACGGGCCUGUUAUGAUGAAGGAAAGCGUGUUGCUGAGACCAUGUGUUACGCCUACAUGAAACAGGAGGGAGUGGAGGUGAGGGUUGCUCGCAUCUUCAAUACCUUUGGGUCUCGCAUGCACAUGAAUGACGGGCGAGUGGUCAGUAAUUUCAUUCUGCAGGCUUUACAGGGGGAGCCACUGACGGUUUAUGGUUCAGGGUCUCAGACGAGAGCUUUCCAGUAUGUGAGUGAUCUGGUGAAUGGGCUGGUGUCUCUGAUGAACAGUAAUGUCAGUAGUCCGGUCAACCUGGGAAAUCCAGAGGAACACACUAUAUUGGAGUUUGCUCAGCUUAUUAAAAGUCUAGUAGUGAGCCGCAGCCAUAUUCAGUUCCUUCCGGAAGCUCAGGAUGAUCCACAGAGACGACGGCCAGACAUCCGUAAAGCCAAAAUGCUUCUGGGUUGGGAGCCUGUGGUGCCACUUGAAGAAGGCUUAAACAAAACAAUCCAGUACUUCAGCAGAGAGCUGGAGCAUCAAGCCAACAAUCAGUAUAUCCCUAAACCCAAGGCUGCACGAAUAAAAAAAGGCAGACCCAGACACAACUGAUGAAUUGUGUUCAUCUCAGGGAUGUCGGGAUACUGAAGGACUUUAAACAUCCAGCAGCCAUUUUAUGGAGUGGAUUUCCCACCCACGAUUAAAGAUAUGUCUGAGGGGAACAUUUUUGAUUUUUUUUUCUUUUUUUAAGCACCUCAAAUAGGGAGCUGCUCGAAAAGUUUCUUUUUCAGUCAAAUGUGCCUCAAAUUUACAGACUUUGCCUUGCACUUUGGUUUGUCAGUUGUCUGUCUGUCUGUUAUUUAAAAUCAAGCUUAGAUCUCCAUGUACAUUUGUCGUGUGUUUACAUCCCGUGCCGUUUUAAUUAAUGUGAUCUAUUUUUUUAUCAGUGUCAAAGCUAGCCGUGUCUUUUUGAGUGGAUACCUCUCUCAGUGUAAAACUUUAUUACGGCAAUUUAAUGAUUUAUUUAAAGAUCUUGGAUGUCUGGAGCAGGACACUUCACCCAUGGAAGAUUUGAGGACACGGGAGAGAGAAAAAGCAUUGGGAAAAGUUAUUUUCGCUUUAAACUUUGUGGUGAUUUCGAGUCAAAUCUGUUACUUUGUGAAACUUCAUACAGAACUUUGAACUUAUCAUUGAUUUCAAGUGAAAAGGAUAUUUUAAUAAAAUAUUUACUGUGAUUUUCA